UUUUAUCGUUAUCGUCACGGUCACGUCAGAGUGAAAAAAUAGUAAUUUCAGCAAACGAAAGAAUAUUUUGUAAUAUAUGUGAACAAUUGAGAAUAGAAAUUCAACAAGCUAGCGAAAUUAUUUCCCUGUACAGUCCACAUUGUGAGCGGCAAGGCAGCUAAAUCAAGUUGGUUACUUGCUAGAAAAACAGAUUUUCAGUGCGUGUGUGUGAAAAGAAAAAAUGGCAGCGAGCGACAAAUCAGUCGAUGAUUCUCUUUAUCCCAUUGCGGUAUUAAUUGACGAGUUAAAGAACGAGGAUGUGCAGCUGCGCCUCAACUCCAUAAAGAAGCUGUCGACCAUUGCUUUGGCCUUGGGCGAAGAGCGCACACGUUCCGAGUUGAUACCGUUCCUAACCGAGACCAUAUACGAUGAGGAUGAGGUUCUUUUGGCACUGGCCGACCAACUGGGAAACUUUACAAGCCUUGUUGGCGGUCCCGAAUUCGCCAUGUAUUUAAUACCGCCCCUCGAGAGUUUGGCCACUGUCGAGGAGACUGUGGUGCGGGACAAGGCUGUUGAAUCUCUACGCACGGUGGCGGCCGAGCACAGUGCCCAGGAUCUGGAGAUUCAUGUGGUGCCAACGCUGCAGCGUCUCGUCUCUGGUGACUGGUUCACCUCCCGCACCUCCGCCUGCGGCCUCUUCUCGGUCUGCUAUCCACGCGUCACACAGCCCGUCAAGUCGGAGUUGCGUGCCAAUUUCCGUAAGCUCUGCCAGGAUGAGACCCCGAUGGUGCGACGUGCAGCUGCCAACAAGCUGGGCGAGUUUGCCAAAGUCGUGGAGACGGAAUAUCUAAAGUCUGACUUGAUACCAAACUUUGUCCAAUUGGCCCAGGACGAUCAGGACUCUGUUCGUCUGCUGGCUGUGGAGGCUUGCGUUAGCAUUGCCCAGCUGCUGCCCCAGGAUGAUGUUGAGCACCUGGUUUUGCCCACGCUGCGUCAGUGUGCCAGCGAUUCGUCGUGGCGCGUCCGCUAUAUGGUGGCCGAGAAGUUUGUUGAUCUGCAAAAGGCUGUGGGACCGGAAAUCACACGCGUAGAUUUGGUGCCGGCAUUCCAGUACUUGCUUAAGGAUGCCGAGGCCGAGGUGCGCGCUGCUGUGGCCACCAAAGUCAAGGACUUUUGCGCCAAUCUGGACAAGGCCAAUCAAGUUCAAAUCAUCUUGAGCUCCAUCUUGCCGUAUGUCCGCGAUUUGGUCUCCGAUCCGAAUCCACAUGUCAAGUCGGCUCUGGCCUCGGUCAUCAUGGGUUUGAGCCCAAUGCUGGGCGCCUAUCAGACAGUCGAGCAGCUGCUGCCCCUUUUCCUCAUCCAGCUGAAGGAUGAGUGCCCGGAAGUGCGUCUCAAUAUCAUCUCGAACCUGGAUUGCGUCAACGAUGUCAUCGGCAUUCAGCAGCUGUCGCAGUCCCUUCUGCCCGCCAUUGUCGAGCUGGCCGAGGACUCCAAGUGGCGCGUGCGCUUGGCCAUCAUCGAGUACAUGCCCGCCCUGGCCGGUCAGUUGGGUCAGGAGUUCUUCGAUCAGAAGCUGCGCGGCCUCUGCAUGGGCUGGCUGAACGAUCAUGUGUAUGCCAUUCGCGAGGCGGCCACUCUCAACAUGAAGAAGCUUGUGGAGCAGUUCGGUGCCCCCUGGGCCGAGCAGGCCAUCAUCCCAAUGAUCCUGGUCAUGUCACGCAACAAGAACUAUUUGCACAGAAUGACCUGCUUGUUCUGCCUGAAUGUUCUGGCUGAGGUUUGUGGCACGGAUAUCACCACUAAACUGUUGCUGCCCACAGUCCUGUUGCUCGCCGCCGAUCCCGUGGCCAAUGUACGCUUCAAUGUGGCCAAAACAUUGCAGAAGAUUUCCCCGUUCCUGGAGGCCAGCGUCAUCGAUGCCCAAGUCAAGCCCGCACUCGACAAACUAAAUGUGGAUUCAGAUGUCGAUGUUAAGCAUUUCGCUGCGCAGGCUAUAGCCGGUAUAGCAGCAGAGAUGGAAAUGAAUGUGUUUAGAACGGCGGUGCCGCCGUGCAUGGGUGCUAAAAUUGAAGCAGCAAUGGACUCGAAGCUGAUUUCGGAAGCGCCGGCAUUGAUGACGGGCCCUAACGAUGGUGGCAUUUUAGGAGGAGAUGGAGCAGCAGAUGAUGAAGCAUUGGUCAGCCAGGAUCGAGAGUCGAGAAUUGAAUUGGAAUCAACAACACUUAAAAAUGGAAACUUGUAGUGGAUAUGCCCCCAUGCCCCCACAGCGCGAGGAGGUGUUUAACGCCUGCAGCAGAUGCUGGCUGACGAUGGCGAAGGAGUCGGAGUUGGAGUCGAAUCACGUUUUGAGUUUGCAGUUUAUGGAGGAGAGAAGGAGAGCGAAGAGAAGCGGAGCGUAGCGGAGCCAUCAAUGCCAGCAUGGGAGGAGGAGGAGGAGAAGGAGGAAGAGCCACAAAAAUCGCAACACAGAAAACAAAAUUUAAUUACAUACUUAUAUUAUAUGAUAAACAACCUUACCACAUAAGCAUAAAUUCAUUAUUAAAACGCAUUGUAGAGUUGAAACAUUUGAGCGCAUCUGAAUGCAAAAAAAUAAAAAGUAAAAAUAAAACAAAAUUGUAGCAAAACAGUA